GGGGACGUAGUCGAUUUUUUCCCGGGUUCGAUUAGAAAAUUUUGAUUCGAUUUUUUUCUGAGUACUUUGCAUUGAUAACGAUACUCGUCCGAAAUGAGCAUACUUAUCCAUGUACAUAUAAUUACAACAUGUGGAAAGGCAGACGCACACUCUCAUACGUGAUAAGAAAUUACGUAAAAACACGCGUGUUGGAUACAAAGUUAUUCGGCUUCAUUGAGUGAUCGACUUGCUAUUCCCUAGUCACGGAAAUGGCGGCUCAAACGUAUUUCAAAUUUUUUAACUCCGUUGCAUUUAGAAAUUUCACGCGGUCUCUCAGCAAUACGAUCAAGGAGCCCAAGUUCAUGGGAAUAAACACAAGGUUUACAGAUAUUUUAAAGUUUGUGAAUAGUGAAAGCUAUGAGUCAAUACCAGUUUACAGAUUAUUAUCGUCACCAAAAUGUCAAGUAUCGCACACUGAAGCGAAGAUUGACAAUGACUUGCUAUUAAAAAUGUACGAAUCCAUGGUGAGGAUACGUACCAUGGACAAAAUUCUGUAUGAAUCGCAAAGACAAGGGCGUAUAUCCUUUUACAUGACUAACAUGGGUGAAGAAGCUAUUCAGAUCGGUUCAGCCGCGGGUUUGAAACUUGAAGACAUUAUUUACGCGCAAUACCGAGAAGCUGGUGUUCUACUCUGGCGUGGGUACAAAUACUCUCAAUUCAUAAAUCAAUGCUAUGGAAAUCACGAAGAUCCGGGAAAAGGGAAACAGAUGCCGGUGCAUUAUGGCUCGAAGGAGCUGAAUUUCGUGACUAUUUCGUCGCCUCUUACCACUCAGCUACCUCAGGCUGUGGGGGCCGCUUAUGCCAUCAAACGAGCAAAAAAAGAUGCCUGUGUUGUCUGUUAUUUUGGCGAAGGGGCGGCCAGUGAAGGAGAUGCUCAUGCAGCUUUCAAUUUCGCGGCCACUCUAGACUGUCCCAUUAUCUUCCUCUGUCGAAAUAAUGGAUACGCCAUUUCCACCCCUUCACUGGAGCAGUGCAGAGGUGACGGAAUAGCAGCCAGAGGUCCAGCCUACGGUAUCAAUACAAUUAGAGUCGAUGGUAAUGAUGUGAUUGCAAUGCAUCAUGUCACUCGAGUGGCCCGAGAUUUUUGCAUAAAAGAGGGGAAGCCAGUGCUUAUCGAAGCUAUGAGCUACAGACUGGGUCACCACAGCACGUCUGAUGAUAGUACAACUUAUCGUGCAAAGGGUGAGAUUGAUGACUGGACUAAAGAGUCACCAAUUGUGAAACUUCGUCAGUAUCUCGAGAAUCUUCAGCUCUGGGAUGAUGAGAGGAAUAAAGAACUCGAGGCCUCAGUGAGGCAAGAAUUUUUGAGGGAAUUCGAAGAAGCUGAGAAGAAACUCAAGCUCAAUUGGAGGGAAGCGUUCACUGAUGUUUAUCAGGAUAUGCCACAUCAUAUCAAGAAACAAAUGAUUUCGAUGGAGCGUCAUCUGAAGGAGUACCAAGAGCACUAUCCUCUGAAAGAAUUCCAAGCCUCGUGAUUCAUCAUUCGUACCUUUAUUUUCUUACAAAUAAAUCUAGGAAAUUCAAUCGUUAGGAGAUAAUUCUCGAGAAGGUAACAUUUCAUGCAUCCUUUUUCGUGAGAUUUUCUGCCAUUUCUUGAUACUUCUGCAGCCUCAUUUCUUUUCUGGCUUCGUCCAAUAGCACAUUGUGGAGGAGCUUCUUCUCGAAUGGAUUGGGCUGUUCCAAGCCAGGAUAUGGAUUUUCUACAAUGGGAAUAUCACAAUACUAUUUUGAAAAUGUAAUUGUGAACAUUUAUUGUUUGAGAUUUAUUGCAUCACUCGCUUAUUAUUAUUUUAUUUUUCACGUGCAAAAAAAUUCAAUAGAAAAAUCCAGAAUUCCCUAGGAAAUUCUAUUGGAUUUCUAUUGAACCUUCUAUUCAUUUUUGGCUGAUUUUAUGGGCAUGUUCGGCAGCUAUGUUCAAUGGUAAAUAUUCUGUAGGCCAAAUCAACAGAAUUCAAUUUCUGUGUAAAUUUUAAUCUGUUGAGAAGUCUUUAAAAUUUAUUUUGAGUGAAAAAGAAUGAAAGAUAGAGUGAAAAAACUUGGAAAAUUCAUGUCGAGGAAUUCUU